AAGGAAGGGAGGAAACAUGGCCACCUAUGGUGUAUAAAAGCUUACGACCUAAGACUUACAAGCACAGUAAAGUGCUAGGAAGAGAAGGCAAUGUACCGCUGUAGGAGCAAACUCCUUCGUUAUUUUGCGAUCAAUGGACUGCUGAUGUGCUUGCUGUACGGGAGCGCAGAAGCAAUUGUUGGAGUGGACGAAUGCCAGGCAACCCGCGUGAUACACUUUCUCCAAUAUCCAGGUUGCGUCCCAAAGCCGAUUCCCAGUUACGCAUGCAGAGGACGAUGUAGCAGCUACCUACAGGUGUCCGGGUCCAAGAUGUGGCAAAUGGAGAGAAGUUGCAUGUGUUGUCAGGAAAGCGGUGAGAGAGAGGCUAGUGUCUCCCUGUUCUGUCCGAGGGCGAAACCAGGGGAGAAGAAGUUCCGGAAGAUGGUUACCAAGGCGCCGCUGGAGUGCAUGUGCAGACCGUGCACCAGUGUCGAGGAAUACGCGAUAAUCCCCCAAGAGAUCGCGGGAUUUGCCGACGAGGGUCCCUUUGCAACGUCCGCGCAUUUCAGAAGAUCCUCUGGUUUACAAUAGAUAGAUAUAUCUCUUCUGGAUUAAAUGUUGUUCUCCGGCCAUCGAGACUGUCGCCGAUUUCGAGCGAAAUUAGAUAUUUUAAGGAACUGGUAAGAAAAUCCUCUUGUGCUGAUGUUUUUUUUUUCAAAUACAUAAAAGCGUGGUCGAGACUCUGCGACAGAUUUUAAUAUGUAAUAUAUGUUGACGAAAUCG